AUCACCCAGAAUUAUUUCUGUGUGGGCCAAAUGCUUUCUAGCUGCACUCCGGAGCGUAGCUCAGAAUUCGUACACAGGGUUUGUCACGAUUGUAUCGAUUACUUCGCUCAAGAAUUUGGCCACAAAGCUGCCGUUGUCGUGAGCGCAAAAUUCCUUGAAUAUAAGUUCAAUAAGGGACUCAAUAAUCAACCGAUUGAUCCUAGAACUAUCCCUCUCGAUGACUAUAUCACCUCCCAGGCCUCGCUUCAGAAAGAGGCUGAAAAUGCUAGAUUAGCUGAAACUACUAGAGCCAGAGCAGCUGAAUACGCUAGGGAAGCUAAUGUUGGCAGAAGAAGACGAUCGUCUCUGGUGCAAAAUACGGUGCCAGACUUGGACGAUACUUUCAUCGAAAUUCAAGAGCCGCCGCCAGUAGUCCACCGCAGUAGGCAUCAUGAUUCACCUCAGAGGCGGCACAGAUCGCAGGACGUUGAUCUAGACAACGUCUCCUCAAGAAGAAAGCCUGCUCAGAAGGCGAUUCGGCGUAAGGCUGUGCACGUUAGAAGCGAGUUCUCUCACCCUGCCCCAAGUGAGCAUCGCCCAGCCGUUCCAGAGAUGAUGGCCGGAUGCCCUGUUGUGGAGCUGUAUACUGAUCUCGAGUUUGAUUAUCCCCAAACCGUCCGUGGUAGACCACUUAGCGGGCCACCGGUUCAGCCCAAACCCAUUCGCCCAAGAACGAAGUCGAAAGAAAUCGAACAGAAAGAGUCCACCUGCUCCCUAGUCCAACGAAUUACCGAGUUGGCCGAGGAUCUCGAAAUCGAAGGUUAUACCAGGCCCAAGCGAGAAAGUGUACCCAUACUUUAUCGAGCACCCAAAGUCCCCACCUGGCGUAAGGACACCCCCAAUCCUGCUUAUCGUAGUGACACCGAAGAAAGAAGGCCAAAAAGGGUCAGCUUCGUGUUGCCUCCUCCCGUCGUACACGAACCCCAGAUCUGUACUGCUCCUGCGACCUUCGUACGGGGCAAACCGUCGGUAGACUCACUUAUGGUCGAAACAGGCUCGGUGGGUGCAAGUGUGAUCUCAAUCCCACCACGGAAAGCCACUGGAGUACGCAUGCCGGGUAGCGCUCAGUACUACCACGAACGCGGUGUGCCAUCACUCGCUUAUAUGGAAGAAGAUAGCCAGGAUGGAGACCACGAAGACCGAUCCCAGCUCGUUUCUAUCAGCACCCCUUCCCCUUCUUUUUCUUGCGCCGUGCAAUCCUGUUUUUGCGAUCCGGACGAUCCCAGUGACAAAGGAUGUCCUAGUUGCCUCGAGAGGAGGCGACUUGAAAGUAAGUGGCAAAUGAAAUGGAUUUGACUUUCGCGCGCAGGUUCACAGGAGGUAAGGACGGGUAGGGCAAGUUCACAUUUAUAUAGGUACCAUGGGUUGCUAGGCGUUAGCUGGUUCGUACGGUCCGGCGUUCUAUGGUGUUCGUACGGUGAGUAGGUCGUGAGUAUAUCAUUCAUUCUUGACUUUUAUACCUUGCAUAUAAAUCCUAUCUUAGGCGCAUUAAGAUAGGAGUAGGAGGUGGAUUAGAGUCCCAAUAUUCAGCACUGGACUGGAUAUGAAAAAGUUCUGUUUGAAGGGCUACUCUUAUAGCGUAAGAUUAGCUAUUUUCGCAUCGAAAAUGCUCUAGGCAGCACUUUUAUAAAUGUUAGUAUUAUGUUUUCACAUAUCAUAUAGUACGGAUUAGCAAAUAGCCCUG